AUGCGAACUAAAACCAACGAGUUCCUGUUAGCCCUCGCGACAGCCGAAUACGACAUUGUGAUGAUUACUGAGACGUGGCUGAAAGAUGACAUUUCCAACUCCGAGUUAGCUUUAACCCAUAACAUUUACCACUGUGAUAGAAAUUCUAAUAAUAGUCAUUUUAGACGUGGUGGUGGUGUAUUGAUUGCGGUCCGACACGGCAUCGAUGCGGUAUCCGUAACAGGACCUGAUUGCGACAGCCUCGAACAAGUUAUUGUGCGCAUAAAGCUUCAACAUCGUUCUGUAUACUUGUUUUGUGUCUACUUCAGGCCCACUAGCGAAACUUCUUUGUAUGCAUCGCACAUGUCCGCUCUUGACUAUAUCCUGAAUACUGCAACCUUUCAAGACUUCGUUGUUGUAGCUGGGGAUUACAAUGUACCGAAUUUGCAUUGGAGCUACGACGAGGAUGCUAAUGGAUUUUUGCCAGUAAAUGCUUCCACAGAACAGGAACUCGCUGUGAUCGAAUCGACAAUAGCUUCCGGGUUAUCACAGAUGUGUUCCCUCGUAAACGUUAACGGUAGAGUUCUUAACCUCAUUUUUAUAAACAGACCCGACCAAGCUGAACUCGUGCACCCACCAAAAGCUAUUUUAAACACUGACCGUCAUCAUCAUCCUUCAAUUUUACUCCUUGAGUAUAGUUCCGAUGAGCCUAUGGACACGGGUAGCCCUCUCCGUCAAAAUUUAGACUUCCCGCACUGCAACAUCGAAAUGGUUGCUGAAUUAUCAGACGAGACAGAUUGGCAAUCAGCCUUUGAAGAUCUGAAUGUCGAUGAUGCGGUAUCUGCCUUUUACAGUCAGCUUUGGAGCGUAUUACGCGAGCACACGCCCCAUAAACGAUCCACCCACCGCAAGCCCUAUAAACUUCCCUGGUGGAACUCCGAACUGCGCACAAACCGCAAUUUGAGAGAGCCAAUUCCUAUUGCGCAGGGUUCUUUCUGGAGCAUAAAUAUUGCAGCGAGAGAGUAUCCAGGAGCAGUUAAUUUCGUUCCGAAGAAUCUUUGCCACGAACAUCGAUUGACCGAUGGAACGACGAUCCGACAGCGUAUGAAGACCAAGCAGGGCACAUCGAUGUGCGUAUGGAGGAACGCACAUCGGGAACUGCUAGAGCGUCAGCCAGCUGAUUUGUUUGCCGAAUUUUUCAGCAGUGUGUAUAGUCCGCAAACCUUGAACUGUGACGACGCCUACUUCGAAUCUUUGCCUACCUACAACAUUAGGCUGCCACAGCCUGAUUUCACUAUGGGCGAUGGAAUCGAAAAAGAACUACCGGCCCAUAUCAAUAUAGUGCUGCUUUUCCAAAAUCCUCGAUAUACGAAAGGCUAUAUUCAGCAGCUAAACCAAUACUCACCGAAUACCAGCACGGAUUUGUAA